CAAGUCUGCGUGAUCCUUUACUAUUUUAAUGUCAACCUGCUCCUUCUUCCUCCGCAGACAGGAGAGACAGUCAGAACAGAACGGCACCGCAGCGCUCAGCGAGGACACGGACAUCGAGUUGCUCUCUACACAAACUACCCUUCGCAUGGCCAGGCGGCCAAGACACAGUGUGUAUAGUAGUGAAGAAGAUGAGGAGGAUAUUGAGAUGUAUGAACACGACUACGAUGGACCGCUGGCCAAGGAAGCAAAACGCCAUCAAGGGAAAACACGCUGGACAAGAGAAGAGGAUGAGAAGUUGAAGAAGCUGGUAGAACAUCAUGGGUCCUCGGACUGGAAACUCAUCGCCAGCUUCCUACCUAACCGUACAGAUAUGCAGUGUCAGCACCGCUGGCAGAAGGUUCUCAACCCUGAACUCAUCAAAGGACCCUGGACCAAGGAGGAGGACCAGAGAGUGAUUGAACUAGUCCAGAAGUAUGGAGCCAAGCGUUGGUCCGUAAUCGCCAAGCAUCUGAAGGGUCGGAUAGGGAAGCAGUGCAGAGAGCGCUGGCACAACCACCUGAACCCCGAGGUGAAGAAGACUUCCUGGACCGAGGAAGAGGAUCAGAUCAUCUACCAGGCCCACGAGAAACUGGGCAACCGCUGGGCCGAGAUCGCCAAACUGCUGCCUGGCAGGACUGAUAAUGCCAUUAAGAACCAUUGGAACUCUACGAUGCGUAGGAAGGUGGAGCAGGAGGGUUACCUUCAGCACUCCUCCCACUCCAUCGCCCCCGGUUACGCCAAGGCCAAUCACCACAACGUGGGCUUCCAUCACCACUCCCCUCUCCCUCCCCUCUCCCUCCUCACGGGCACCUACCCUUAUAUUCCGGACCAUAGGGUUCCCUUUCCCCUAGCGCUGCACGUCAACAUCUUGAACAUUCCACAGCACGGAACAGCUGCUAUACAGAGACAUUAUAGUGAGGAGGACCCAGAGAAGGAGAAGAGGGUGAAGGAGAUUGAGUUGCUGCUGAUGUCAACAGAAAAUGAGCUGAGGGGACAGCCUGCAGUACCUAUCAUUCCUUUCUCCAGCUGGGGGGGCCGUACCAGUUCAGAGAGCCGAGGUCAUCACUACCAGGCCACCGCUCCAUGCCUCUCUAUAGAGAGCACCUCACACAGCGGCAGCAACAACAAUAACAACAACAACAACAGCAACAGUCACCAUGACAUCCACGCCCUCUCUAACCUCCCGGAGUUCAUGGAGUCAGUCAUCGACUCGCUUUUCAACCAAUCAGACAGCCACAGCUUACCAAUGAGCUCCCAGAAACCCCUGGUGGCCACAGCUCCACCCCGACCGCAGAAAGAGAACGGCAUGUUCAGGACUCCUACUAUCCGUCGUUCCCUCCUGGAGUUGUCUCCUCGUUCUCUGACCCAGUUCAGGUCUUCCAUGGUAGAGUGUAUAAAACAGGAACCUAUGGAGUGUGUUGUCUCAGUCGGGGGCCAACAGCCAUCCUUAAAGAAGAUCAAACAAGAGGUGGAGUCUCCCUAUCUACAGUGGGAAGGACCAGACAUCCACACACAGCUCUUCUCCCCCUCCGGCCCCGCACAGGAAGUACCUGAUCUGCUGACUACUUCUGCACUGAAUGAAGACGGACACAAACCCUACCACCUCCCCCGUCGGUCUCUGGGCAGCCCACUACAGCAGCUCAACACUUGGGACCAAGUGGCUUGUGGGAAGGUGGAGGACCAAGUGGCUUGUGGGAAGGUGGAGGACCAAGUGGCUUGUGGGAAGGUGGAGGACAAGGUCUUGGCUUUAGAGCAUAAAUACAUCACUUCUUACUCUGCUAGGACCUUGGUCAUGUAAUAUAUACAGACAGACAGACAGACAGACAGACAGACAGACAGACAGACAGACAGACAGACAGACAGACAGACAGACAGACAGACAGACAGACAGACAGUGAGAGAGAGACAGACAGACAGACAGACAGACAGACAGACAGACAGACAGACAGACAGACAGACAGACAGACAGACAGACAGACAGACAGACAGACAGACAGACAGACAGACAGACAGACAUAUUUUGUAUUCAUGGGUUGUUUUGUCACCAUAUUGUUGUGAUCUUCUGAUCUGACGCCUGACUGAGCGUUCUACUCAAUACAUCGUCAAUGGUGAAGAUUGAAUCAAAAGUGUCGGCUUGGAAGCACAAUGCCAUUCAAAAGGAGGCAUUACAUUAGUGGGAAAACCUUUUGUCAUCAUUUUGAUGUCGCCAGAUUGACUUUAGAUGCAGUAUAACGUUAGCUAGCUAGCUAAGAUUGAUGGCAGGCCGCCAGAUUGACUUUAGAUGCAGUAUAACGUUAGCUAGCUAGCUAAGAUUGAUGGCAGGCCGCCAGAUUGACUUUAGAUGCAGUAUAACGUUAGCUAGCUAGCUAAGAUUGAUGGCAGGCCGCCAGAUUGACUUUAGAUGCAGUAUAACGUUAGCUAGCUAGCUAUGAUUGAUGGCAGGCCACCAGAUUGACUUUAGAUGCAGUAUAACGUUAGCUAGCUAGCUAAGAUUGAUGGCAGGCCGCCAGAUUGACUUUAGAUGCAGUAUAACGUUAGCUAGCUAGCUAAGAUUGAUGGCAGGCCACCAGAUUGACUUUAGAUGCAGUAUAACGUUAGCUAACUAGCUAAGAUUGAUGGCAGGCCGCCAGAUUGACUUUAGAUGCAGUAUAACGUUAGCUAGCUAGCUAAGAUUGAUGGCAGGCCGCCAGAUUGACUUUAGAUGCAGUAUAACGUUAGCUAGCUAGCUAAGAUUGAUGGCAGGCCGCCAGAUUGACUUUAGAUGCAGUAUAACGUUAGCUAGCUAGCUAAGAUUGAUGGCAGGCCGCCAGAUUGACUUUAGAUGCAGUAUAACGUUAGCUAACUAGCUAAGAUUGAUGGCAGGCCGCCAGAUUGACUUUAGAUGCAGUAUAACGUUAGCUAACUAGCUAAGAUUGAUGGCAGGCCACCGGAUUUUAGCUAGCUAACGUUAGAAUUUGCUAGCUAUUUUUUUUUUUACAAACUUUGCUAUAACUAAGUAAAUUUGAUGACAUGAUAAUGCUGACAAAGAUGUUUUUUCCUACUAAAUAUUUGACUACUUUUAGCAACGUCAUCGUAUUUCCAGGCGCUAUAGUGUCAUUUAGACAAAACAGUAAUUAGCCUCUGCCCAGAAAGACCACUGUAGGGCACCACUAUGGCGCCGCCGAUAGAUGGCGGCUUGAGAACGUUGAUAACAACGACGCGACCGAGUGACGGAGGUGCAACCUAUGAAUGGUUUUGUUAUUAGUGUGGAUCCUGUGGGUAGUUUGUGGUAUUGAAUGUUGUAUUAUAAAGCAGGGAGAAAAAUGAUGUGCCCUAUAAAUGAAUAAUAAUGGGGCUGUGUUUUUAAUAAUUAUACGUUUUUAAUAUUUGAAUAUAAAAAAAAACAAGCUGAUUUUAA